AUGGUCAUUUGGCGGGAAACAAGUGGAGACUUGUUGCGUGAGCUCGUUUUCCGCCGGCUAAGGGAUACAAGUGAUACUUCCUGGAGUUCUGAUGAAUCUGGGAGCACGGAUGUUGAAUUUGAAGAAUAUGAGGUUACAUCUAUCCCUUCGCCUGAAACUAUGAGCAAUUGUGAUUCCUCUGGAAGUGAUGUUAGAAUCUAUUUGUAUUUUUACUUUUAUUCAUGUUCCUGAAACAUGUAUACAAUUUUUGUUAAAAUUAAGGGGGUUUUAUCGAAUUGCUCAGAUACAGUUGUUUCAACUUUUGGAAAUUAAUUUCUUUCUGUUCCUUUUAUAUUGUUAAUUUGAAAAGUAUUAAUAUGAAUUUUCUGUGAAAUGAAAUGUGAAAUGUUGCGUAA